CGCUGGCAGCAGGAAUGGCGGCUCCGAUCACCAGAGGAAGGAACCCGAGGACCCAGAAACUUUGCGUGUGACGGCCCCGCUCGGGAACUUCUCCCGCAACGAACCCACGCAGACCCCGCGGGUCCCGCAAAGCUUCACGCACACACCACGUCACAGGGGUGAACGCGACACGUGACCCGGGGCGGAGGGAGGGGGGGUGGCUGGUUAGCUUAACGCUGGUUGCCUGUGUGUGUGUGUGUGUGCACCCAGCUAGCCGUUAGCUCCUCUGCUAGCCAGCUGUUGGCUCCCGGUGGCCCAACAAGUUCUCAAAGUGCCCGGGAAGGCUCCGUGUCCCCCCCCCUGCGAGGAGGCGAUCGCCGGCCCCGGUUAGCUGUUAGCACCGGGGGGCUAACCUGCUAGCUGUUAGCACCGGGGGGCUAACCUGCUAACCUCCGAGCUAGCUGGAGCACCGACCGCUAGCCAAGUUGGGAUCCUGAAGACUCGCCCAUUUCCUCGGGAUCCUGCCCCGGCCGUUGGCUCCGGGGCUCAUCCACGGUUGUUGUUUUGUGUUGUUGUUUUGUGUUCCCGGUGCCACGAUGGAAAGCCUCACGCUGACCGACGUGGAGCAGAAGUAUUACUCGGACCUGUUCGCCUACUGCGACACGGACAACACCAAGAAAGUGGCGUCCAACGGGAGGGUCCUGGACCUGUUCCGGGCGGCCCAGCUGCCCAGCGAGGUGGUCCUGCAGAUCACCGAGCUCUGUGGAGCCACUCGCCUCGGUCACUUCGGGAGGAGCCAGUUCUACAUCGCUCUCAAGCUCAUCGCCAUCGCCCAGGCCGGGCUGCCCCUGCGGGUGGAGAGCCUCAACUCGGUCAAGGACCUGCCGCUGCCCCGGUUCGUGGUGGGGAAGAACGAGGCCGAGGCGCGGCACGCGGCGCUCUACCCGGACACCGACAGCCAGGGGCUGUACCCGGCUUCUGCCACUGCAGUAAUACCCAGGCCACCGGCCAGGGGACUCCAGAACAAGAAAGGUCCUGCAGCCUCCAUUGCACUUCCUGUCCACGAGGUUGUCCAGCCCCUGGCAACAAACAUAGAACCACAGCAGCCUGAACCGACGUCCCCAGUGGUCUCCCCUGACCAGUCCCCCCCCACUUCCCCUCACUCCUGGAGGAAACACCAGCGGCAGCACAGCGGAGGAAACGUAGACCGGCAGCCGGCGGUGGUGGCGGCGGCAGCCGGAGCCGUGUGGACGCAGUUCAGAGAACCACCACCGGGUCCGGUUCCCGGUGAGGGCAUGUGGCCGUCCCACUCGCCCCCUUUACCAGGUCAAGAGAGUUGGGUCAGUUUCACAGCAGACACCCCCCCAUCCAGCACAAUCCCUGGAAUGCAUCCCUCAUCAGCCCAGGAUAGCACAACGAUACGAACUGCGGCCAUGGCAGGGUCGGCCAAUGAGAUGCAGCGACAGUCCAGUUGCUACGACGAUCCCUGGAAGAUCACGGACGAGCAGCGGCAGUAUUAUAUUAACCAGUUUAAAACCAUCCAGCCGGACCUCACUGGCUUCAUACCUGGUUCAGCAGCGAAAGAAUUCUUCACCAAAUCCAAACUGCCGAUUUUAGAGCUGUCGCAUAUUUGGGAGCUCUCGGACUUCGACAAGGACGGAGCACUGACCCUGGACGAGUUCUGUGCCGCCUUUCACCUGGUGGUGGCCAGGAAGAACGGCUACGACCUCCCGGAGAAGCUGCCCGAGAGCCUGAUGCCAAAGCUGAUUGACCUGGAUGACUCAGCCGAGGUCCCGGAGGCAGCUGCUGACGUGGGAUACUCGGGCUCUCCCGUGGAGGACCCCCCCAACAAGUCUCCCUCCAUGCCCUCCCUCAACCAGGCCUGGCCAGAGAUGAACCAGAGCAAUGAGCAGUGGGAGACGUUUAGCGAGCGCUCCUCCAGCUCACAAACUCUGACCCAAUUUGACUCUAACAUUGCACCAGCUGACCCUGACACAGCCAUCGUUCACCCGGUUCCCAUCCGGAUGACGCCCAGUAAGAUCCACAUGCAGGAGAUGGAGCUGAAGAGAACUGGCAGUGAUAACAAUCACCCCACAAGUCCUCUGCUCACCAAACCUCCAGAACUGUCAGAAGAAACCAAUCUACCUGCCUCCUUGAAGUUUGCAGCCUCUAACUCUGGAGGUGAUGGUUACAGCAGCUCAGACUCCUACACCUCAGACCAGGAGCCAAUCACAAGACAAAGGUCUCAUUCGGGGACGUCUCCGGAGACCCUGAAGGUGGUGGCGGCCCCUCCUCCCCCGCCCCCCCGGCCUCACGCCUCUCACUCUCGCUCCUCGUCUCUGGACAUGAAUCGCACCUUCGCCGCCGCGUCGGCCCCGGGACAACAGCCGUCCUCCACGAUAGCCUACCCCCCCGCUGUGCCUCCUCGACCGCUGCCUACACAGUCAUCAGCUCCACAUCCUGGGCAUCGUGCGGAGGCAGAGGCUGCACCAGCAGGGGGCGCCGGACUCACCGCCACCUCCCCCCACCAGAUCCCUCAACAGCCCAAUUUCGCAGACUUCAGUCAGUUCCAGGCCUUCGCGGCCUCGGAGCAGCCGUCCAGUCUGCCGGAGGUCGACAAGCACAGCGAGGCCGGACAGGUGGAAAAGGCACCAGAGGGCGCUGGUCCCUUAAGAACAGUGAAGAGUGACGGUCAAGCAGACGAGAGAACCGCAGCUACUGUGAACUCUGCCAAAGGUGCGUCUGGUCCACCGGCUCCGCCUCCCAAGCCCGUGCGUCGGAGGUUGAAAUCUGAAGACGAGCUCCGACCGGAGGACGAGCAGCACGGGCCACAGAAGUCCAACAUCAUCGCUGCUGUGCUCGCCACUCAGCCCUCCAUCCCCAGGUCGGUAGGAAAAGACAAAAAAGCGAUUCAAGCUUCAAUCAGAAGAAACAAGGAGACGAACACAGUUCUGGCGCGACUCAACAGUGAACUGCAGCAGCAGCUGAAGGACCUGCUUGAAGAGAGGAUAUCUCUGGAAGUCCAGCUGGAGCAGCUCAGACCUUUCUCUCAUCUUUAGAGGAGGAACCUGGCUGUGGUUCAUCUGAAGCAAAGCUGUGGCCCUCGGUGUGAAUCCCUCCCUCCUUCCCUCCCUCCCUCCCUACCUCCCUCCCUAGCUCCUUCCAUCAUCCCGGCUUUCCCUCGAGGCUCCGACCUGCCCCAGGGUUCUCCGUUUAAAACUCUCUCACUUAUCAACCAUCAACCCGACGGACCGGAGGACCCAGUCUCAGCCGAGCGGGACCAGGCGACAGGGGGGGGUGCGCCCAGGGGGGGGUUUCACAAACUGGCACUUUUUCAAUCUUCUCUGAAGAGAGGCGAAGGUGAGGACGGCGGUGAACUGAGGAACGGUUCCGGAGAAGCGGACGAGACGCUGCAGAAGCUGGCGUCUAAUUAACUCUGAAUGACUGAAGAAGAAAGGCGGAGUGUGUGUGUGUGUCACGUGUUGGUGCGACUGUUUGUGUAUUUGUGUUCCUGUUAAGUGACUUACUUGAGGCUGGCAUCCGUAUGUUUGUUCCUCUCUUGGAGUUACAGCCGCGCCGUAUUAAAAAUCUGGCAUAUUUAAAGAAAAGACCCGAGAUCAUUAUCAAUCUUAAGUAAAUAUAUUAAAUUUUUGCAGAGUUUGCAAGUGUUGAACAACUUCUUUAAUUGUCGUCUCGCUCAUUUGGCACAAGUUCUGUCCAGCUGCCGUCAAUGAGGACAUUUAACUACUGGAGAAAAACAGGACUUCAGCUCCAAAUACCAUCAAAGAUAGUCGGUUCUUGUCGACAGGAGCCUGCGUCACUGGCUCUCCCAAUAUUUCAAAAACCAAAAUAAUUAAAAAUAGAUCACAGAAACAUGCAGCAGCACAUUUGAGAGGCUGCGGGGAAACAUGUAGAAAGUACAACAGGAGCUUACAUGUGCCAGGAAACGUAAGAAACAUUUACCCGACUGGAGUUUGCUGUGGACUCUUGUGUGUGUGUGUGUGUGUGUUUUUUUGUGAUGCAUUUAACGGCUAAAUCAUGGUGAAGGCUUUUUUCUGACUCAUCCUGUGACAUGAAUUCAGCCCUGACCCCUCACCCCUCUUCUUACUGCCCCCCCCACAUCUGCGUGUGUGUGUGUGUGUUCGGCGACGACCUCAGAUCCCGACCGAUUCCUUCCCUCCUUCACGUUGCAGUGUUUCGGGUUCGAUGUGACUGAAUGGUUUAACUUUAAUGCCAAAUGACUGAACUAUCACUGCUCUCUACUUCUACUCAGACUGUGUGUGUUUCCUUUUUUUCAAAGAGAUUAAAGAACACCGCAGCUUUCUCUCUCUUUUCCUUUUUGUGCCGUAGCCGUGGCUCCACAUUUCAAACGCUUCGAACCCUCGUCUUCUCGCUUCCUGAGGUGGUUGUUCUCCUGGUCUUUAAGAGCAGACGUUCACAUGAAGGGUUUGAAGGCUUCUUUCUUUUUCCAGCUGCUUGACUGCAGCAGGCGGCGUUUAUGAAGAAUUGUGUUGCUGAGGGAGAAGACGUUUUCCUGUGAUUUUGUUUAGUUAAGUUUUUUCUACUCUGCAAACACGCGUGCACAGAUUCAAACCAGUGGUGCAGAUAGAGUCUGAUAACUGUUCUCCAACCCGGGCAGUCGGCACUAUGCAAGUACGGGCGAUUCAUCUCCACAGACCAACUCUACUUAGCUGUUUGUACUUUGAUAGUAGCAGCUGUGUGAACAGUAUACUGAUUUUCUUUUGUAUCAUAGAUCUUCCAGAUAAAUCUACUGUAUGCUCGUGAUUCAUUUUGCCUUUUAUUUUUUCGUUGACGAGCAGUCCACCUCCCUCCCUCCCUCCCCCCUCCCUCCCUGCUCCCAGCUCCAGAGAGAAGUAAACUCCAGAUCAGUGUUUUAUUAUCGGGGCGAUUCUCAGCUGAAACCUGCAGGAGGAAGCUCAGCAGCCGGAGACCUGAACGACCCGACAGCACUUUGAACCCGACUCCCCUUAUUUCUGUUCUUUUCAUUCUGUUACGUCCCUCCUCCUUUCUUUCUUUUAACCUGCAUGUUGUCCUUAUUAUUUUUUUUUUUGUGUCUCACGUGUAUUUAAACAAAAGAAGAUGCUUUAAGAUGAGAGACAAACUGAACCACUCGAGUUUUAUUUCGUCAGUACAACCUGGAAACUAAGUUUUCUUUGUGCCAGUAUCCUAAAAGAUCCCGUCUUGUGUGGUUAAUCUUUUUUUUUUUUUUUUUUAUGAUUAUUAUUGUAAAAUGUUUGGUCCCUGGAGCUUUAUGUGUGUUGGUGAAGAAUCUGUCUUCUUCUAAGGCCUUACUCCCCCUCCACUGGCGUUCAGGUUUCCACGGCGACUGACUGAACUCCCUCUUCCUUGUCGUAUCAAGGCUCGCCUUCUUUUUUCUGCUGUUGAGGACGAUGAUGUUUGUGUGUUUGUGUGUGUGUGUGUGCGAGCGAGCGUGUGUGUGUGUGAUGUUUUCCAGACCUGGAACUAAUACCAUUUAAAACCCUAUUAAACACCUUCAUGUGGGAUCGAUUUACGUUUGCAAGCACAACAGCUCCCUCCUCAUCCCUCAAACCCCAAAGGCAAUCCAGGCAGGCCGAAGCAAUCGAUAACAAAGUCUUUGAUGGGAUUUUGAAUGCUAUUUGCUCCCAGAUCUGUGCUGUAUAUUGUAUAUGAUACACCCUUUUUUGGACUCAUGUAAAUUUGCAUUAAUUGCUGACUAACAGCGAAAGAAUAUUCUAUUUAAUUCCUUCUCUCUUGGCUGUGGGAUCCUAGAUGUUUAACUGCAUGGAUGUACUGUAUCUCUGCAGAGUCGACUAGCAGCUGUGUGAUUUUUACACAAAAAUAAAAACGGCACAAUAUUUUAAA